AUGCAACUUUCAAAACUCGCUUUGUUGGCUUCUUUUGUUGGUGCUGCUGUAGCUCACACUCGCAUUUGGGGAGUAUGGGUCAACGAUGUCGAUCAAGGCGACGGUGUAGGCGUUUAUGUUCGUUCUCCGCCAACAAACGACCCCGUUAAGGACUUGACAUCCUCUGCCAUGACUUGCAAUGUCAACAAUAACCCCGUUCCUCAGACUGUCCCUGUCAAAGCUGGUGAUAAGCUCACUUUCGAGUGGUUCCACAACACGCGCGGUGACGACAUCAUUGCAAGCUCACACAAGGGACCUAUUCUCGUGUACAUCGCACCAACAGACACAAAUGGUGCUCCAGGAGCAGUCUGGACGAAGCUCUACGAAUUCGGCAUCAGCAACAAUCUAUGGGCCGUAGACGACCUUCUCGCCGCGAAAGGGAAGCACAAUAUCAUCGUCCCAAAUAUCCCUGCUGGAAAUUACCUACUCCGCGCUGAGAUUAUCGCUUUGCACGAAGCGAAUGUCGCCUACACAGAUAACCCCGUCCGUGGAGCGCAGCUAUAUAUGAACUGCGUUCAAAUUCAGGUGACUUCCUCUGGUAACCUCACCCUUCCGGCUGGAACGUCCUUCCCUGGUUCAUACACCUCGGAUACCCCAGGAAUUGUUUGGAACCUCUACUCAACGACAGUGAACCAGAAUACGUAUCCAAUUCCUGGUCCUGAAGUGUGGUCUGGCGCGGCUGGGGGGUCGAUCGCAGCAUGA